AUGGAGGUGGUGAGGAGGAGGAGCAACCGGGAGAAUCUGGAGGAAGCCUUCUCAUUGGCCGAGAACGAGCUGGGCAUACCACGCCUACUGGACCCAGAAGACGUGGAUGUAGAUAAACCGGAUGAGAAGUCCAUCAUGACAUAUGUUGCUCAGUUCCUCAAGCACUAUCCCAACCCCCACCACUCUGAGACAGAUGGACAGGGAGAAGAGAGAGAAGAACGGAAGGUUCUGAGGGAGCUGAAGGUGUGGCUGGAACAGUUGGAGAGAGACGUGCUGCAAGUGCAGGGGGCAGAGGGCAACAUCACCGACAAGUACCAGGGCUUCAAGAGUUUCCGUGUGCAGUUUGAGAUAAAGAUGAAGCAGACAGAGCCGCUGCUGCAGCCGGUACACAAAGAUGGAAAAUUGUCUGUAGACCAGGCCCUGGUCAAGCAGGCGUGGGAACACAUCUCUAGCACGCUCCUGGACUGGCACAUCCAUCUGGAUAAGUCGUUGCCUGGCCCCCUGGGGGUGAUCGGAGCCUUGCUGCAUCGAGCUGAGAUCGCCCAGAGAGAGGAGAUUCCCAUCCAACAAGCCCAUGAAGAGACAGCCAAUGUGAUCCAGAGGAAGCUGGAACAGCACAAGGAGAUCCUGAAGAACUUGGAGUCCCACAAACAGACGUUCCAGCAGAUCCACCGAGAAAGAUCAGUAAACGGGGUCCCUGUCCCCCCUGAACAUCUCCAAGACAUGGCUGAAAGAUUCAAUUACGUGUCCACAUCAUCUUAUGCCCACCUGAUCAAACUGGAAUUCUGGGAGAUCAAGUACCGUCUGAUGGCGUUUCUCAUCCUGGCUGAGUCUAAGCUCAAGUCCUGGAUCAUCAAAUAUGGCCGCCGUGACUCUGUGGAACUACUGCUACAGAGCUACGUUACGUUCAUCGAGGGACACAUGUUCUUCGAACAGUAUGAGACAACAUUUAAGGCACUCAGGCAAUCUGCAGAUGUCUACGUCAAGUCUGAUGGUUCAUCUGAGGAAGCGGAGGGUGUGGGUAAGUUCCUGUCGGAUGCGUCGGCCCAGUGGAGGAACCUGUCGGUGGAGGUGCGUAGCGUCCGUAGCAUGCUGGAGGAGGUCAUCUCUAACUGGGAGAAGUACAGCAGUACGGUGGCCGGACUGCAGGCCUGGCUGGAGGACGCGGAGCAGAUGCUCAACCAGUCAGAGAAUGACAAACGGGACUUCUUCCGGAACCUUCCUCACUGGAUCCAGCAGCACCUGGACAUGAACGAUGCAGGGAACUUCCUGAUUGAGACGUGCGAUGAGACCGUCUCCAGAGACCUGAAGCAGCAGCUGCUCAUUCUCAACGGGAGGUGGAGGGAGCUGUUUGUUAAAGUCAAACAUUAUGCUAGAGUGGACGAGGUGGACAAGUGGAAGCAGGACUAUCAGGACUGUAUCGCUACUCUCAAAACGUUUAUGGAUGCAACCAAUGACAAGAUGACUGCCUCUGUCCAAGUGUCCUUCCUGAACGUCAGGACAUUCGUUCAAGAUGUUGAGGACAUCAAGAACAAGGUCCCGGCCAUGGAGGCAGCCUGUAAGACAGCCAGCCGCACCGCCCAGCUGCUGAUCAAAGACACGCCCGCGGAGGAGGUCUCUACCAUGCUGGCUGCCAUGGCUUCUAUCAAGGAGGAGAUGAGCAAGAUAAAGGAGCGGUCUCUGCCGCUGCUACGGGAUGCCCAGUCCCUGCUGCCUGCUCUGGAGGAGAUGGAGAAGAACAUCACAGGGUUCUACCAGGCCCUGGAGAAGGCCAGCCGCAUCACUUGCUCCAGGGACUCGGAGGCCCACAGGGACUUCAAACAGAAAUGCCAGGAGCUGGUGACCUUCACCCAGAGCUGUAAGAAGUGUCUGACUGUGAUAGAGAAUAACCAUCAGAGUGUCCAGAGAACCCUGGACAGCAGUAAGACCCUACAACACCUGGACAUGGCCCUGCUGCAGAAGAGAGUCGCCGACCUCCAGGCCUCCUCACAGGCAAUGAUCAACGAGUCUACUGAGUGGAAGAAUCAUGUGGAGGUCAACAGCAGCUUAAUGAAGAGGUUUGAUGAUUCCCGUGGCGAGCUGGAGAAGGUGCUGAAAGUCGCUCAGGCUUUUCUAAAUGAGAGAGGCAACCCAGAAGAUCUGCUAAAAAAACAUACGGAGUUCUUUGGGCAGCUGGACCAGCAGGUCCUCGAUGCGUUCCUGAAGACCUGUGAUGAACUGACAGACACAGUGCCUAGGGAGGAGCAGCGGAGUCUGCAGGAGACAGUCAGGAAACUGCACACACACUGGAAGGAUGUCCAGACAGAGGCUCCCUACCACCUGCUUCAUCUGAAGGUAGAGGUGGAACGGAGCAAGCUGAUGGUUUCCAUGCAGGAGUGUCAGUCAGAGCUGACCAGAGAGAACAGACACCUGGUUGGCAUGGGGAGUGAGAGGCUGAUCAAGGAACACAGGGACUUCUUCAGGGAGAAGGGUCCUCAGUCUCUGUGUGAGAAGAAACUACAACUGAUAGAGGAACUGUGUCAGAAGCUUCCAGACAGCAACCCAGCCCACCAGACCCUGGACAGCUCUAAGAAGGCCUACUCUGAACUCUGGGAGGAGAUAGAUAGCACCCAUCACAAUCUGAUGCAGCACUCUGAUAAGUGGGAGGAGUUUAACACCAGGUUCUCCGAGUUGUCAGCCUGGCUUUCGUCUAAAGAGAGCCAACUCAGACUGCUCAGGAACAGAGCCAACGACCCCAGCAAGCACGGACAGGUCAAGGCCACCAUCACAGAGCUGAGGAACGAUGCAGAGCUGCAGGAGGGGAACCUGGGCUGGCUGAAGUCCCGGCUGGCUGUGCUGAUAGAGAUCUGCUCCGAGAAGGAUGCACAGAGUCAGGCUGGGGCAAUCAAUAAACUUUCCACCAACUUCAAGGGCCUCCUCUCCUAUCUCACUGAGUCUGAGAAGGUGGUGCUGGCGGUGGGGGACUGUGUGCAGUUCAGGGAGGAGGUGCGUGGUGCACUGGAUGAGCUGGUGCAGGGUCAGCAGGAGGUACACCUGGAGGUGACCAGGAUACUGGACUCUGAGACCGUCAGGGAGGCCCAGCAAUUGCUCCAGGUUCACCGGCAACAGCUGAAGCGUCUGCGUAUGAAGAGGAAGGAUGUACAGCAGCAGAUCGCCAGGGGCCGUCAGCUACAGGCUGAGGAGGGGCUGGGGGAGACCUUACAGCAGGACCUACAGAGUCUGGAGACAACCCUCAGCAAGAUGGACCACACCAUGGACUCACAGGAGCAGGAGUUAGAGGUGACUCUGUCUUCGUGGCAGGAGUUUGACAGCCAGCAGAGGACAGUGCAGGAGUUUGUUACCAGGGCGCUCUCUGUCAUGGACAGAGACCUGAACUUUAGCAGCCCAGAGAGCCUGGCUACUGAACUGGACCAGGCCAGGGUGCUUUUAAAGCAGAGUGAAGCCGAAGCCUGCAUGGUGAACACCCUGUUGAAGAAAGCAGCAGAGAUCCAGCUUGGCCCAAAUAACACCACCUUGCUACUGGAGCAAGCCCGCUCCCUCAGCGAACAGCUGGACAAAGUGGAGGCUGGCCUCAAGAAAGACACCAAGGCUCUUGAUGGGAUGAAGAAUCAGUGGACUCGGUUUGGGACAGAGUUUGAGGCCUUCUCCUCAUGGAUCUCUGAGAAAGAGAAAGAAAUGGACGCUCUAAAGAGUUCUGCUGCUCCACUUGGACAACAGAUCAACACAGUAAAGGCCGUGGGUGUGGAGCUGGGGGACAAGGCAGAGGUGUUAUCCCAGCUAGAGGCCCACUCCCAGGCCCUGGCCCAGUUCAUCUCCUCUGGGGAGGCAGCCCGUAUCAAGGCUCGGCUCACCCAGAUCGGCAGAUACUGGGAGGAGCUCAGGGAGAGUGUGGAGCAGCUAGAAGGACUGCUGCAGGAGAGCUCCUCCACACAGCACCGCUUCAACACCAGCCUGGAAGAGGCCAAAACAACACUUGGUGAUCUCCAUAAGAAACUGGACCAUCCUGUCACUUCCUGUACCUCCUCGUCAGAGACCUACAAAUGUCUCCAGAACCACAUGGAUGUGUCCCAGAGCUUGGAGAGCCUGAAGGCAGCCUUGUUGCCCCUGUCUGCUGGGGCACGUAGACUCAGUGACAGGGAGCAGGCUGAGAGGGCCGUGGCAGCUCUACAGACCAGCUAUGACCAGAGUCUAGGGCAGGCCAAAGAAAAACAGGACACACUGGAGAAAGUGCUGUCUCUAUGGCAAAAGUAUGAGAAGGAUCGUUCUAGCUUUGUAUCUUGCUUGGAGAGAUGUGAGUCUACAUCCAAACCUGAGAGCCAUUGCCUGCCUGCAGAUAAAACCAAGCUGGAGAGUGAGCUGCAGGACCUGCAGAACUUGCAGUCUGAGGUGGUGUCGCUGGAGCCCCUCCAUGAUGGCCUGGUGGCCUCAGGGACAUCCCUGUACCCCACCGCCCCAGAGGAGAAGGCAAGGCAGCUCAGUGAUGACCUGGAGCAGCUGAAGAAGAGAUGGAACUCCCAGAAUGAACUCAUCCCUCACAGAAUCAAGGAGCUCCAGAGCCAGCUGUUACAGGUGGAGCAGUUUGACCAGUCCUUGUUGAAGUUCUCUCAGUAGUCUGAGAACCUCCUCUCCACCCUCCACUCAACCUCCCUGGUCAACAUCACUGACCUGCAGCCUGCUGUGGCGCAAGUCAAGGAAACACUAGCGGCUCUUCAGAAGCAGAGUGGUGUGAGGGAGAGCUUGGAGCUCCAGACAGAGGGGCUGUGUGCCUCGUGUGAACCCCAGGAUGCUCAGCUCCUCCAGGGGAGACAGGUCAACAGCCUACAGCCCUACCUGGAGG